GGGAAACAAUGGCCUGUGCAUCUCACAUUAUAAAACGACAUGAGAGAAAAUUAAUAGAAAUCUUUGCAGAAAUAGGGUCCCUGUUCCAAAAUGGCCCAGAUGAGUACAGAAGUAAGGAUGAAGCUAAGAGCCCAGCGGGGCGAGCAGAGAAGCUGAUCCAGUUUGUGCUACAGAGAGAUGAGUCUGACUGCCAGAGGUUCCUCACUCACCUAGAGACGAUGCUGUCCAUUUUCCCUGCCCUGUCGGGCAUAGUAGAAGGCGAAAAAAAAAGAAAUGCCCAGAAGAAAGUAAUGGAAUCCCAUAGAGAGUCUAAGCUCUCCCUGAGGGACGUCCUGGACGUUGGGCAGGAGAAUAUAAAUGAAGUUGCCCCCCAGACUGUACAAGACCUGCCCUGGGCUCUCCUAAGGAAACUGAUGGCGCUGGACAGGACUGCAAGAACAGUUCAACUUGAGGAUAUUCCUGAGAAAUCAGAGAAACAUGCUGGUAACACGGAGGAUAUAGCUCAGCAUAUGGAGACAGGAGUAGAUGCUGAGAGUGCAGAAUAUGAUUUAUUUCAGCAUAUUGGUUUUUAUAGCAAAGAGUGUGAUUCUAAUUACAUCAAUCCAUCAGACAUUCUGUGUGUUCUCUUGCAUUGCUCAGAUAUGUUGUUACAGCAGAACAUCUUCUCAAAAAUGUCCCUGUGUCAGUUUGCUGUCCCACUGCUGCUCCCUGCUGGUGAUGGCCCAGAAUGCACCUUCAUGCUCUGGGCUAUGAGAGACAUUGCCAAGAGAUGGAGACCCCACACUCUAGUAGACAGUAAAGGAUUUGUAGAAGAAAACCUGGUUCGAGUAGAAAUGCCAUUGUUCUCAUUUGUGAGACUGGGGCAAAGCAAAUUAUCCAAAUCUAAAAUCCUAAACCAAGUGCUCAGCCCAGCUCAGCAGUACCAGGACUUCUUUAUUCAUGACAAUAUGAAAGGUGGAAACAUAGAAAGACAAAUCUCUGAUGGCCUAGUGGAAAUCUCAUGGUAUUUACCUGUUGGAAGAGAGAAUUCUGACUCUUUCCAAGAACCUGUUGCUGUUACUAAUUUGCGUGGAAACAUCGAGUCUAACAGGACCCAAUUCAGCUUCCUAACCCAGGUCUCAUCAGCAGUGUUUGUAUUUGCUGAAAGCAUUAAUGAGAGAGAGUGUGAGCUAUUAGCCCAGUGUAGUAAAUCCAACAGCAACUUCUAUUUCAUCAUUACUCCUAGUGGGAAAGGUGUCAGUAAAGAGACAUCAGAAUCCUUCAAAAAGUUACUCUCUGUGCUAAAUAUUAGCCAAUCCCAUAUACUGGUAAAACAUAAAAAGGCAAAUGAUGCAGAACUAGUGAAACAUGUACAAACCAUUAUUAAACAGUUUCUGAUAAAAUCUGAUAAAACAAUAAAACUGGAAGAUUUAUCAAACACAGCCAGGGAACUUGGCAUCAAGGUGGAUGAAAAUUCCCAGGAAUGUCAGAAAGCAAAAGAAUGUGCCACAGAAAUAACUAAAGAGAUACAAGAUGUGGUACAAUAUAAGAAAGAGACAAUGAAACUACAAGGGGAUCUGGGGAAGCAAGUGGCCCAGAUAGAGAAGGAAUUGUGCAGAAUGAGAAAACAAGGGGAUAAAGGUACAGAAGAAUACCGAUCUCAGCUGAUAGAGGAGCUCAAUAAGUUACACAGGGAGCAGAACCAACAUUCCCUGCCUGACUCUAUGAGUAAGUUCAUUUCUGCCAUCACACAUUUGUCUCAAACAGAGAAACAUUAUUUCCUGAAAUGGAUAAAAUUUGCACUUGAUUCAAUGGCUAGAAACAAUCUUUCUAUGUUGAAGGCUAAAUACAAGGACAGAUGCUGCAAUAAUGCAAAUGACCAAAGGGAACUAAAACAGUUAGACCAACAACUAUCUGACAGUUCUUUGGGAGUAGAACAUUUUCUGCGGGAGAUGGGGCAGUUUUAUGAGGCAGAAUGUUCCAUGGUGAGUCAAGGUAAAAUCAAAUCAGAUGAGAGACGAUUUUAUAAUCUCCCAGGAAUUGCUGUAAAUCUGCUGCUGGAUGGGUUCCCAUUGGAGCUGAUAGAUGGAGAUGCCUCUAACAUCCCCUUACAGUGGGUAACUGAUCUUUUGAUUGAGCUGGAUAAGAAGACAGGAGGGAAAUGCAGAAUGAGAGUAAUCACAGUGCUGGGAGUGCAGAGCACAGGGAAAUCCACCCUCCUGAACACCAUGUUUGGGCUGCAGUUCCCUGUGGCCAGUGGAAGAUGCACACGAGGAGCCUUCAUGACACUCAUUAAAGUGAAAGAGAAUCUCAAGGAGAACUUGGGCUGUGACUUUAUUCUUGUGAUUGACACUGAAGGUCUGAAAGCCCCAGAACUGGCUUCUCUGGAUGACAGCUAUGAACAUGACAAUGAGUUGGCAACUCUAGUGGUUGGGCUCAGUGAUAUCACUAUAAUCAAUAUGGCCAUGGAGAAUACAGCAGAAAUGAAAGACACACUGCAAGUUGUGGUCCAUGCAUUUUUUAGGAUGAAGCAAAUAGGGAAGAGACCUAAAUGCCAGUUUAUUCAUCAGAAUGUGAGUGAUGUUUCUGCUGAUGAUAAUAACCUGAGGGAUAGAAAGAAACUCCUGGAGCAGCUGGAUGAGAUGACCAGAACAGCAGCCAACAUGGAAAAAAAGAGUGGGAUCACUAAAUUUAGUGAAAUAAUAGAUUAUAACUUGAUGGAAGACAAUUGGUACAUUCCUGGGUUUUGGUACGGUGUCCCACCCAUGGCUUCUGUAAGCUCCGGCUACAGUGAGAAUGUGUAUGAACUGAAAAAAUCUUUGCUUCAAUUCAUGGAGAAACAACCCCAAAAAAUUGUUGAAUUUAUUGAAUGGGUAAAAAGUUUGUGGAAUUCAGUAAAACAUGAAAAUUUCAGUUUCAGUUUCAGAAACAGCCUGGUAGCUGAAGCUUACAAUCAGUUAGAAACUGAAUACUCUCGGUGGGAAUGGGACUUCCGCAAACAGCUUCAUACCUGGCUCAUUAGCACUGAGAACAAGAUCAAGAAUCAGUCAGCAGAUGAACUACAGCCAAAAAUUGUCACAAAUAUUAAAGAUGAAUUGAUUUCUUUUAUUUGCAAUGAGAAGGAAAUAAUGUUAGAUUUGCUACAAAAAUAUUUUACAAAUAAAGAAAAUAAUGUUCGCCUAAUUGAGAAGUACAGAGAGGAUUUCAGCAGACGGGUACAUUCUCUCCAAAGGGAACUGAACAGUUCUGCAGAAUUAAAGAUUGACGACACUAUUAGGAUCCAAAAACAGAAACAUCAGAUAAAUAAUAUACAGAAAACCUACCAAGAAACUAUUGAAGAGAAAGUCGUCAAUCUCACAGAACAGGUCAGAGAAAGGGAAAGUCAGCUUGGGGAUGUGGAAAUAGAAGAGGAAUUUGAGAACAUGUGGGAAAGUACAAUGGCUGAGCUGCCGAAGAAUCUUCUACAGAAACGCAACGUCAGUCAGGAAAUGUUACUGGUGCUCAAACGGGACUUGUCCAACAGGGGGAGCUCUAUAAGUGAGAAACUGCUCAGUAUAGAACAUUUAGAUGAGUUUGGAAAAGAUAAAUUGAAGAUUAAAGAUGAGCACAUUGACUUGAAAUGGUAUUCACUAAAAGGUGUGAAAGAAUUCUGGAACAAUGAAUGUCGUGAUAAAAUAGCCAGUCUUGCUUUAAUAAGAAGAUGCUCAAAGUAUGUCUCAGAGAAGUUUAAAAUAGAAGGAGACUAUGAUGAGACUUAUUGCCAAGAAUUACUCAAUAUAAUCAAUGAAAGGCUCCGGGAGGAAGAUGCUAAGAAACUACCCAUUACCCAUGAGUUUGAUUUGGAUCUAAAACUCCAUGUUUUGGGAAGUGCCGCUCGGAUGUUUGGGGAAAUGCACCUGAGAUUCCUUAAUACUGAGCCUAUUCUGUGUCUGGAAAGAUUAAAACCUCAUUAUUUGACAACAUUCAAAAAUACAUUCCAGGAAAAGGAUGAAACACAAAGUCGAGCCAAACAGUUCUGUGAGCUCUGCCUGAAGCCGGCAAUAACCAACCAGAUUUAUAAACAUCUGGGGGCGGAAAUAGUAGAUGAUAUUCUGGUUGAUAAAAGUCCCAAAGAAUUUAGUAGCCGCACUUUCUUUCAGUCACAUUUACUUGAGAAACUUCUAAAAUAUCAGAGAUGUUCUCAGUUUGUAGAUUAUAUUACUGAUUAUGAGCCGUAUGUGAAAGAAUGGAUUUACCAGCACAUAAGGACUUAUGAUAAAGGUCUAACAAAGUUGCAAACAAACAUUCUGACUAAAAUCUGUAAAAGAAUCAGGUCCAUUCUUGAGAACCAACAAGAUACAGCCACUGUCUCAAACUUUUUGGAAAAGUUCUGUAAGAUGUUAGAAAGUGAAUUAGUUAUCGACCAGAUGGAGCUGCAGUCGGUGAGUUUCCAAAACAAAGCAGAUGUCAAACAGUUCUCAAAGGACAUUGAGUUUUUCAUCACAGAAACAGAGAAACAGAUCAGAUCAGAGAUUGGAUCUUCCAGCACAAAAUCAGUAUUUGCCAAACUUACAGUGAAACCAGAGGAAGAGCUGUUUAAGAGAGUGUUUGGCUGUGGGAAGCAGUGUCCCUUCUGUGGGGCCCCCUGUGAGGCUGGAGGUACUGACCAUAAGGAGCACUUUGCCUCUGUCCAUCGGCCUCAAGGUUUGGGAAAAUAUAGUCAUGGGAAGAGUAAUAAGCUGGUUACAGAGAUAUGUUCAACUAAUGUUAUCAGUGGUUCUUGUUUUAGAAAUUCAGACACAAAGGAGAAAUGGCACCCUUAUAAGGAUUAUCGUCUAAUCUACCCAGACUGGGCCAUUCAGCCUGACCCCAGCAUCACAGCCUCUGACUACUGGAAAUACGUUUUUGUGAAGUUUAAUAACAAGUUUGCAGAGCAUUAUAAUGCACAGCCGGCUGAUCUGCCUGAUGAUUGGUGCAGAAUAACAGAAGAAAAGGCUCUUGACAGUGUAAAGGAAGUAUAUGAAAUGAAAAUGAAGAAAUAAAUAUGUUCUGCCCUAGUCUCUCCUAGGGGCAGAUUUAUCAAAAUGUGAGUGUGAGGCUUGACAUUAUAUCUUAUAUCCUCAUAUUAAUGUAAUCACAUAAUCAUAUAUUCAUAUACUUUGAUGUACCUUGGAGCUUAGCAUAUCAUACUCCAUUUUAGCAUAUAUCUCCAUUUUGUACCAGCAAACAGCAAGGCUUGAACAUCCCAUAAUAGUUUGUUUUUCCCAAAUAGUGCCCCUGCAUUGCUUGCACAUUGUGAAAUACAUAUUAUGUAUCUUAUUAGUUACAUUCCUGUCCAUCCUUGAAGGCAAUCUUUGAAACUACAAUGGUCUUUUUCUAUUUGCUAUAAGACACCCCUAUGUAUCUACUCGUACACAAGGGGUAUAAAAGCUAUGAGCAUGUAACAAUAAAUUGAAUAAGUUUAAACUUC